AAAAAUAUUUGAUAUGUCUUUUCCAUCAAACAAACCAAAAAUUCCUUGUAUUAAUUACGCACCAUCCGACACACAAAUAAAAGAAACCGAAAUAUUGGUAACUGUUUUCAAAACGGAAUCAAACUGUAAACUAAAGUGCAAAAGGCAUGGUAACAACAGUCCCAACAGCAUCCAACAGAAUUCUCUUCACAACUUAACACAAGGAGAUGUAACCCCUACUCUAGCGUAUUUUAAUUCAAAAAUCGAUUUAAAUAAUGAUUCUUCAUCGCACACAGGAGAAUAUGAAGGCACAUAUAGAAAAGAAAGUGGUUACGUAUUGAAACCAACAAAAGUUUUUACGGUGAUCAACAAUAUUCUUAGUAAUGAAGACAUUAAUAGCAAAUCUGAUGAUGACGAAAAAAGUGAUUCUGAAAAUAAAAGUAUCAUUUCGGAAAUAUCAAGGUUAACACCAAAAGCAAGUUUGAAAAAGCUCUGCUCGAACUUUUGCAGGAUUUGUCAUGGUGGUAAAAGUUUUGCAGAACUUUUAUCGCCUUGUAAGUGCAAAGGAUCCAUCGCCUUAGCCCAUCUGGAAUGUCUGGAACACUGGCUUAGAGAAUCUGGCAACAGCCAUUGCGAACUCUGCCAGCAUCACUUUCAAAUAAUAAGGGAACCGAAGUACAGCAUUCCCAUGUCUGUAUUGGUUUUCCUAAGGAAUCCUGGUGAACAAUACGGCGCAGAGAUGGCUUUAGAUAUGGUUGCAUUUCUGUUUUACACCCCUCUUACCGUAUUCACCACCUAUCUGUUGAUGUUAAUAUGUGAAAACUACACGAAAACCACCAUGCAAAACGAAAAAUCCGUUGGUGCCCACCUGAUGGUAUUUGCUAGUAUCUUUGGAAUGGCCGCAAUUGACUUUACUUACUCUUCAUGGAUUAUGUUAGUAUUUCAAAAAUAUAUUGACGCGUGGAGAAGUUGGUACAGAACGAAUUGUAAUCUCAAAUUGAUAUUGCCCUCUCCAAAAAAUAAAGAUACUUUAUGCCGGAAGAGUCACACUCGACUUUUAAGAAAUCAUAUACGAAGAGGUAUUAGCAUUGGCUCUAUAAAUUAAACAAUUCCAAUUAAGUAUUAGCGAAAAACAUAUCUUAAUAAAAACUAGUAAAGAUUUGUAUUAUAUCUGA